AUGGCGUUUUUUUAUGCAAUAUUUUGGAUAUCUUUAACGGUUCUCCUUCUUCAGUGUUGUGUGUCACAGUGGCUGACGGUGCAAGCCUCAAAUGCGAUGACCAACCCCGAUUUACGAAAAGUCUCAUUAUCGCUUUUGGGGAAUUUGCACUAUGAUGUGCUUUUCGGCAAACCGGGUGGGUAUGGCGUGUGUAACCAGGGCCAGCCAUCCAUUGCAACGCCUGGGUGCGAUUCCCCUCUGAAGCUUAUACGUUCCGUUAUGCGCGAUGUAUCCAAGUGGAAGGAGUCGUUCACAUUGAUUACGGGCGGUUUGCUUCGCCACGGCACAGAUACGAUUGCCACGACUGAAAUUGAGAGCAUGAUGAAAGAUGUGGUGGUGGAAAUAGCUAAUAGUAGUAGGGAAAGUUAUUUGAAAAAGGAGGGAGCUACAUAUACAGUAGCUCUGUCUUUUGGCGGCACGGAUUUUAUUCCUGCUAACUCCUUUACUCCAGAAGGGAAGCAGCCGCAUUUUACUCGACUACUAAAUCUGUUGGAAUUGUAUGAGCUUUUAAAUUCCCAGGAGAGUAAAAAGCUGGGGAACUGCGGGUACUUUUUUCGGGAUUUGAAUGGCACGAAGCUUCGUGUGAUUUCUUUGAACACGUUGCUUUGGUCAAAUGCGCUACGACCGGGGUUUGGAGUAGGUGAUGUGGAUCCAUGUGGGCAAUUUCCCUUUCUUCAAGGCGCCAUUGAGCAAGCCAAACAGCGCGGUCGGAGCGUUAUCAUUCUUGGUGACACCCCUCCUGUUAUUAAUGUAGCGGAUGCUCUGCGCAAGAGCAGUGUUCAAGAAGCUGAAUCUUACUGGCGUGAGGAUUUUACUGAAGCAUACUUUCGAAUAAUUGCUACGUAUCGAUUUUCCAUUGCAGCGCAGUUUUUUGGGCACACGAACAGCUUUGCUUUUGUGGAUUCACCUGAGGUGGGCCCCCCGCUUUACAUCGUUCCUCCUAUCUCUCCAGUGACAGGCAGCAAUCCAUCUUACUUGCGAGCUACUUUAGACACUAAUACAGGAAGAGUUGUCACGCUAAAGCAACGAUACUUGAGCGAGAACGGUAAGUGGGUUGAAGGAGAAAGCUUAGAGGAUGCCAUUGGGGCACCACUAAGAGAAAUGGGUGAAUCUUUACCCAAGGAUUUAUUGCUUAUUACCGAGAGCGAAAAAAAAUGGGAAAAAUUGGCAGCGAUGCGUGUUGGUGGUCGUUUUUUAACUGAAAGGGGUGCCUGUAGUCUUUGGUGUCGUCGAGUGAUUGCGUGCGCCUCGCUUUAUUAUUCAAAAAUGGCAAUUGAGCGUUGUGCAUCCAUAGAUUUGCCCUCGCAGCGUCUUGGGUUAAUCCUGGCAAUUGUUUUUACUUGUUUUGGUAUGCUGAUGAUUACGUUCUCCUUUGGCUACAUGAUAUCGCACUACAAGAUUAUAUUUCACCCACCUGUUGUUGUGGGAGCGGGAAAGGGGCGACACAGGCUUUUUUUGGAACACACAGAGGAGGAGUUCAGUUAG